CCCAAAUUACCCAUUAAGAUCCGAGCUCUCCGCACCAAGCCUGCCUCCAUUGAAUAGCUUUGCCACUAUAUCAGCCCAGGUUUACGGCUUCUGCAAUGUUUGUUUGACAAUGUCUUACGUGUACAGCCGUGGUGGGGCUUCUUGUUGGCAAUGUUACACUCCCCAGGAAUAGGCAUCAUAGAUCAUGAUGUUCUUGUCCUUUGCUCAUUGCUCUGGAUAAAUAUCACAGCAACCGCGCUAGAUACCAGCUUCAAAUCUCGACUAUGGCUCUCACUGACCAAGAAGCAAGCAUAAUCGCCUUGUUUGUGGAAAGUGCCUUCUGGGGCAUUUUCCUGGUAACGUUCGGGCUAUGUCUUCGCGCUCUGCUCUGGUCAAAUAUGGGCUUCAAACCGUAUUCCCAAAUUGAUCGGCCGAUGGUCGCCAUCUGCAUUGCAAUGCCAAUCUUCGCCACGGUAAAUCUGGGCCUCAACGUUCUUCGCGCCGUAGAAUCCGUUGGCCCAUCCGGGAUAAGUGAGCAAUUCACAAACCUCGGAAGUGCGACGGAGACCAUCAAAUUCAUUUGCGUAAAUGUUCAGACGCUCAUUGCUGACGCUAUGCUGACAUAUCGCGUCUGGGUCAUAUACAGUAAAUCGUGGGUCGCAGCCUUUAUCCCUGCGAUUUUGUGGCUGGGAGUCUUGGUGGCUGCGAUUCUAAACAUCAUUGUGCUGCAUUCAAUUCACUCCGAGGCCCUCACCGCUGCAAAGAGCCUCCGACCUAUCGUGACAUCGUUCUGGUCAAUCAGUAUUGCCCUGAAUAUUAUUGCAACGAUACUCAUUGUGGUCCGCAUAUACAGCGUCGAUCGUUCAAACGCGGAAUUUUCGAUUGCUAGCCGCUCUACGUCUCGUUCGAGACGUUAUAGCAGACUACAGCAAAUCAUGAGAAUUAUUAUCGAAUCCGGAGCACUUUACACAAGCGUAGCUAUUACAACAUGCGCAACCUAUGUUUCAGGAAGCCAAGGCGUUUACGUGACCAGUGCAAUUGAAAUGCAAACGGUCGGAAUUGCAUUCAAUUUAAUCAUCAUUAGAGUUAGUCAGGCAGGACGCAAUGCCUACGCUACCAAGACCUCCACGCAAUCGCAUUCUAUUCCUUUACACUUCACCAGGCGGAUGCCUCCGAAGGACUCGGAAACCAUUGAAGUUUCAGUCGACCAUCAGGUCGAAGACGAUUCAGACCGACACAAGAUUGAUUCAACGAUGACUGAGUCACAAAAUCAUAGUAUCGGUGUCAUUCCUGAUUUUGAUGUCAAAGGCGUGAUGGAUGAAGGAGUACGGAGUUAGUUGUUUAACUAUGUCAACGAAUGAUCUUCGUGUACUUAUAUUCUUUAAUCCGUGAUUGCAUCUUACUGUCAU